AUGCCUGAUGCUACGACUCCGACGACGCUCUCGACUGAUCGCAAGGGCCUCCUGUGGGGUUUCUUUGUGCUCCAUGUGAUUGGAGGUCAUCUCCUCAUGCCUAUUCUCAUCAUCCUCGCCCUCCUCAAACGCAACAUGGCGCGCAACUAUGUCUUCCUCAACUUUUGCUUUACCUGGAUCGUUUACUCGAUUACAUUCUGUCUGCUUCUCUAUGCAGGCCAGCAGACGGGGCCCAAGCCAAGCUGGAAGAUUUGUCGAACCCAGGCCGCGUUGGUGUACGCCGUCCCGAUUCUAGUUGCAAGCGCCUCGCUCGCGCUCGUGUUCCAGCUCUGGCUUGACAUUCGAUCGUCGGUCUCAAAGGCGGGCUCCCGAACCUUUUUUUCCCUUCGAAAUCUCUUGCUCCUCGGCCUUCCUUAUGUUUUGUUUUGUGGAUAUUUGAUUGGCCCUAGCAUUGUGGCUAUCACUGCUCGCAAGACAAUUUCGAGGGAGAACAACUAUUUCUAUUGCUCUAGCAACCUACGAGCGCUGACUGUGAUUUCUGCAGCCUCUGUCGGAAUCAUCUUCCUCGUCACUGUCACAUUCGAAGUCUUGAUCGCUCGUCUUAUUGCAGAACGCAACAUCCAGCAACUCCAGUCUGGCUUUUUCAUUCGAAUUAGCAUCUUCACCUCGUACCUCUUGAUCAGUCUAGCUGCAUGUGGCCUGGAAAUCGCUCAACCGUCGAAUCCUAUUCGCAUCAUCAUUGGCGCAUGUGGUCCUCUAGUCGUUUUUAUUGUCUUUGGAAGCAAUCCAGCGCUGUACCGGCCCAAUCCGAGACCAGUCACAUCAACGAGCGCAACGUCUACUUCGACCAUGGUGUCCAUGCGUGCGUCCGGUGGCACCGACGUCAAGACUACAAAAGCCUAUUAUCACCCAGUGGCUAGUCAAUCGAUGUAG